GGAGAUACACACCUCUGAGUGUGUGUGUGUGUGAGUGUGUGUUGAUGGUGCUGUAGCUGUGUGUGUGUCUGUGUGUGUGUGUGUGUGAAGCUGGGAUGUCUGCACUGAAGAGUCUUGUACCCGCGCGCUUCCUCACACUGACUGCUCACCUGGUCAUCAUCAUCACCAUCUUCUGGUCUCGCGAUAAUAAUAUUCAGUCAUGUCUGCCACUGGAGUUCACAGAAGAUCAGUACAGAACAGAAGACACACGGCUGACCGUGGCUCUGUCUGUGACUCUGGCUCUGUUUGUGCUGGAGCUGGCUGGAUUUCUGUCUGGAGUCUCCAUGUUCAACACUAAUCAGGCUCUGCUGUCUCUGAUCACACACUCCAGCGCGUGUGUGUGUUUGUCCUUCUUCGUUUUCCAUCAGUGGCCCUGCUGGACGUACUGGAUCAUCUUCAGCAUCUGCAGUGUGUUUCCAGCUGUCCUGGAGCUAUUCCUGCUGCUCUCCCUGAGGGUGCUGUGAGUGUGUGUUUUCUCCACAUGAGGACUCUGAGGAACAGAAACACACACACACACACUGCUUCACUUCUGCUUUACACACUCCUGUCGGCUCCUCGGACCUGCAUCUACUUGUUUCUACUUUCUGUGUGUUUUAUAAAGAGAUGAAAGCGGAGUCUGUGUCUGGAUCAGCUGUGUUUGUACGAUUAUAUUAUUGAGGAUUUCAUCAAUAUGUAAUUUAAAGAGCAGCUAUUAUGCAGAAAUCACUUUAAUGCUGUGUGUCAGCAGUGUGUGAGUAUCUCCAGCAGACUCUGAUGCUCAACAGUAAUCAAGUGUGUUUAUUAUAAUCAGACUUGAUGCAGAAGCACUUUGAUUGACAUUCUCCAUUUGUACGUGUCAUCAGAGGGGGAAAGCCCCGCCCACUAGUGCCCAUCUCUCCAUCUCAUUAACAUAAACAGCAGCCCUGAGUGAGAAGCAGCCGUCUGUCCAUUAUCCAUUAGAGUGUUUGAGCUGCUGAAGAUAAUGUCAGCAUAGACUAAGAGGAUUCUAGAUGUGGAGUUUUGGAUGAUAUUUAAAGAUAUUUUUAGUUUAGUUUAGUCUAACAUUUUAACUUUAGACCUAUAAUUUGAAUGUAUUACCCAUUACAGCAUAAAUUCAGUUUUUAAUCGAUUAUUUGAUUUCAUAAUUGUAAUUUUUAUGAGAUAAUUUUGAGAAUAAUUUACCAAAUUAUGUUUAUUUUUCUAUAUGUGGGCUUCUAUACAUCUAAAACAGUACAAUAAAAUCAGUAUGCAUAAAUGUAAAUAGUGUAUAGAUGGACAGAUGUAGGUGGCA